AUGGAGGAUUUCUUCAUCGCGCCAACAGCCUGGUACUACAUUUCGUCUUUGGGUGAAAACGAAGCAUUUCUGGGACUAGUCUUAGCUAUUUUUGAAAUCACGACAAUCGUCUCGUCGCCGAUUUUUGGCAAGCUGCGAGACAAAUUCCAAUGCUACAAAUUCAUCAUAAUUUUCGGGUAUGCGAUAAAAGUUCUCGGAAAUUUGGUGUAUGCUAUGCCAUUCUCGGCGUACUGUCCGCUCAUUGGACGAGGUUUGAGCGGAGUUGGGUUUGGGUCAUUGUGUGUGAGGUAUGCCCAAAUCGUGCUGAAUACACCAUUGAGAUAUCGUCCACAGAUGCUCAUUUUUAUAAAUGGGUUAUACUGUCUCGGUACUGUGGUAGGGCCAGCUAUCAGCAGUUUUUUGGUGUUUAAAGUUAAUAUUUAUGGUUGGCAAAUCGAUGCUGGUAAUUCGCCGGGGAUUAUUUUGAGCAUUAUUUGGCUCUUCAUGACAGUCAUCGCGUUUUGGUUGCCUAACGACCCUUCUGAUGAAGAAUUUGCUGACAAAUCACCUCACGUCAUUAAAAGGAAAGAGCCAAUCAAGGAACAAGAUUUAAGCAAAGAAAAGGCCGGUUUAAGAGAAGGAAAAUCUAGUUUUACAUCAACAAUUUGCCUUGUGUUGUUUAUAGCAACAAUGGCUGACUGGUAUGUUGGAUCCGUGACGUUUUUCACACCGAUUUUGACCCAACAACAUUUCCAUCUUUGGCUAACUGUCACAAAACUGCUCUUCCUGAACGGUUCCAUGUUUGGUUUGCUCUUAUUUUUAGUUUUAUAUAUAGCCUCGGAGUUUUACAACGAAAAACAACAGCUGGUGUUAGCAAUGGUUAUGCAAAUAUCUGCAGUGUGUGUUUUUACUUGGUUCGUACUGUCGUGGCAAGAUCCUGGCGUGAUACAAUGGUACUUUUUGCUUGUUUACAUUUCGCUUGGAAUGCCUUCUUUUGCCUUUACCCAGAUCGGCUCGAUCCUGUCGAAAAUAACGGAUCCGGAAGAAACGGGCUUCUACCAAGGCGUAGGCCUGUCGUUUGCUCAUUUGGGCACACUACUCGCGCGUUUGGUUUCUGGAUUCGUUUACGGUUCAAUCGCUUUGAAAUACUAUUGCUUCGUUCUCAUUUUUCUCAACGUUCUGUCUCAGAUUUGGUUUGCAAUAGAAUGCCAUUCCCCGCGUAGCAAGUUACAUGAUAUAUAAAAUAAUGUAUAAAAUAAUAUUGAAAGUAAAUCUAUAAAGGAAAUCUAUGUUGUCCUGAUUAUCUGCAGAGACGCUUGUCAAAUUGAUCCAAUUAAAUUAUUUGAACCUGUCCGUAUAACCGUGGGUAUCAAGGAAACGACGCGUGUUAUAGACGUCCAUUCGCUAAUCUGGUUAUGAAAUCAGUUAACCAUAAAAUCAUCACACUAGUUAUUUAUUUAUUUACUUAUAUUGUGCUUCGCUUCCAAACAUCAUACGUACAAUAAUUAGUGCAUUAAAGAAGCUGGGACACCACAACAGCUUAACACCAAUUACAGUGGGCCCUUUACAAAAUAUCAAUAUAAAUUAAGAAACAGAAAUAAGUUUACUUAGGGUACCCGUUUGCACACCGCGAUCCGCCGUGUACGACUCGUAUUCUGGCGUAUGCAAUCAAAUUGGCACGCGUUAAUUUGUGUCGAUUUAAAAUUUCGCCUCAAUUCAGAUUUUUUGAAUUGUAGCAUCAGUAAAUGAAUUUCAUGCACCAGAACCCGAAUCGCACAUGAGGACAAAUCGCAAUAUGCAAACGCCCCUUUAGUAACAGCAAGUCAAUGGUCGGACGAGACUUCUGCUUGUGUUACAUUUGACAAAGACUUUUUUUUCAGUUCAGUUCGACUAUAGUCUCUAAAUCGAAGUUACUAGUUACAACACGAAAUUUUGACGCACCCUUCCAGCUUCGUGGCGACUUCGUCACAACGUCUUACCAAAAGCGUGCAUGCCGAUUUCUUAAAGAAAAUGAAGAACUGAUAGACCUAUUCAGUAUAUAACUGAAUAACGUUUGGUUUUAAUUUCACAUUCAAAUAUUUUAGAUCACAAGCAUGGCUUUGCGGCAAAACCAAAUGAAUAACAGUAUAUUGAUAAUGGGGAGAGAAAAUGUGGAAUGUUCAUUAUCAAAAGGAUUAAAAUGUUCCUUUGUGAUCUCAUCUACUUAUGAUGGAAAUUAGUAGUUUAUUAAUGAACAAGGACCAAUUUGCAGUCCAUAAAUGUGAACAAAUGAGUAGCGGUGUUUUUCAAAAGCGGCAAUGUUGUAAACUGAUUAUAAUUUAAACAAUUUGUGAAAUGAACCAAUUCAGGAUGCGGCAAAAAUAUUCACCUACAAAAAACAGCCUACAAGUACAAAAUUUGACAUAUUUUCAGAACGUUAUUUCGAACCCAGAGCUAUCCGGUAUACCAUAGUCACACCUAUCGUAUAGUUUUCCUCUUCAACCGUACGUGUCGUUGAAUACUCAUACGAAAAGGGCAAAACAUAACAUAAAAAACAUAUUUAUUUAGUUGUUGAUGCAUUCAUUCUUUUGUAAAUUAUUUGGUUGAACUGCUAACGACAAUAGCCCGCCGACAUAUACCGCAGGCAUAUGUGAACCAGGCUUGACCGCGCUUUAAUUGUUCACGCAUUGAUGGUUUCCUUUCAGUGAUGUGAAAUGAGGAUGUUCUUAUUGGUGGUUUGAUGUUAAUUAAGUGAAAUAUUAAUAAUAUAAUAAAUAUUAAUAAUAUAACAAGAAUAUCACCCAGCGCUUGGAGCCGUCGCGUCAUUUGGGCACGGCGCAUUGCUCAGUUGCAGUACAGAAAAUAUUUCGUCGAAAGUUCAUUGCUGAGGAAAGAUUUGCAACCAGGAUGAAUCGGUCGAUAUUCGUGGUUUUUCUUUUGGUACUUGUUGCAGCUGACUUGAGGUAGGUUUUCUUGUUGUGAUUUUGCAAUUGCCAAUGAAUCGUUUACUUGUCGAGUUGGUCGAGUCUUCCUUCGAUCGGCAAUAUUUGAGUCGAGUUAAUUUUUAUUAUUCCGCAAAUAAUCUCUUCUCAGUUCUACAAGGCCUGCUUAUGUGUUUUCUCGAGCAAUCUUUAAAGCGCUGAUUCCACAGACGAAACGCCAAUAUAUAGAAUUCAAUUUUUUCAUAUUUAUAAAGACUAUAGGUGAGGUUUUCAGUUGUUGAAUGCCACAUGUAUCUUGUUUCCGUACAAGCUGGGAGAAAAGAGGGGGGGGGGGGCAAGGGCCCCGGGGGGUCUCUUCACGAAAUCACGAAGAUAAUUUUUAGAUUUCACGAGUCACGAAAAACAAAAUUUCAUUUUCACGAUUUUUAGAAACACAGAAGCGUAUAAACAAAGUCUGAAACUAUUUAACGAUUUUCUAGACAGCAGAAAUCGAUGUUAACACAAACACAUUUUACUGACUUUAACAUUAGAGCUUUUAAAGGACUAUCAAUCAUUGCAAGCCAUCACGAAACAUUACGAGCGUCCUAUGAUGUUCACGAAGUCUACGAAGAGGUACGAAGGUACACCAGAACGACGUUUACGAUCAAACGAAGAAACCUAAAGAAAGACAACCGCGGGAAGCAAAUUUUUUCAUUUUUUUAACGUUAAUAUUAAAUGUGGGCCGAGUUUUAAACGUAAACAUUCACAAUUUAAGGUAAAAUAUUGGAAAAUUCAAGACCCUAGCUAGCCCUUUUAGCUCUUCACGAUUCACGGCACGCAUAUUAAUCACGAUUCACGGAAUGUUAUUUCUUCAAAUCACGAAUCACGAAGCACGAAUAAUUGCUAGUCACGAAAAUACCCUUGCCCCCACCCUCAGAAAAGAACUCGUAAUUUUUCAUAGUUCUGCAUGGAGACGAAGACGGUCGGGUGAAAAGCUGAACAAAGAUGCAAAAAUCCCGAAGGAGAUGAAGCUUCGAUCAAAGAGAACCAGAACUAAUACAGAGUGCAAAGUAAGUUGAACUGUUACUCCUGACAAGAAACAGCCUUAAAUUUUACACUCUUAGUUGCAAAGUACAAGGAUAAAAGAGGACGGUUAUAGAAAAAGCCAGUCACAAAUUAAUAUCGGAGGUCUUUUGCAAGGAACAAAUGUUCAGAGUUAAUUGAACAUCAAUAUAAGAGGUUAUGAAUGAAGAUGAGGGAGGAUUUAGUAACUAAUAGUCCGUGCCCGUGAGAUGAUUUGUUUCUAAUCGUCCCUCAAGCUUUAGCAAUGAGGUAAAUUGGUCAUUAAACGCAUCUCGCGAGACAAAGAAUUUCGAGGUAUACAUGCAGUUUUAAUUCGCGGAAUAGCUAUAUGAUAUUACAAUAUUAAUAGUUGAACUAAAUCGUGCAUGGUCGUAUUUUAAUAUUCUGAUUUUAUAAAUUUAUGUGUAAAACCUUUCCAAUUCAGCUUUUAAGCCUUUAAUACUAAGGUUGUAAUUUUAAUAAGUGAACCCUCUAUCUAUCUCAUCUCUUUGACACACAUAUACUUAUUCAAAAUAUUGGAGAGCAGAAAUGAACACUUGUGAAAAAUUUGUCGUUGGGAGGGGGCGGGAAGGAUGAGCGCAGCCGUCAAAUUACCUGGUUUCUAAAAUUACGUUUUACGAGACAAAGUCUAUAUGGGCGUGUAUUUAUAUUUAAAUAAAAAAGGCGUGUAUAACUACACACCUGCAAAGCAGAAUCAGUGGAACUGCGCAUUGCCAUAACAGAACGCUGACCACAUAGAUCUGACACCAGUGCUUUCAGACUGAACUUUUUGCUUUAUAAGAUCGUUUGAAUACUGGAAUCAAACAAAGCCAAUUCAACUCGGAAAUGUCAUUUUGAUGUUAGUCAAAGCCGUGGAUAAGAGCUUUAUUAAACGAAAUAUCUCUGUUAACCCAGCUCCAUAUGACCAGCCUUUCAGAGUUCACAAUCACGGUCCAAUAACUAACGUAUUCAUGUGUAUUCAUAUACUGAUAUAUUUCAGCUUAGAGAAAGAGGCACGUGCAAUGUACAGCGUGAUGAUGAACAACGAACUAUACCGUCCAGAUAG